UCACAGAUCUUUUGGGUGAAAACAGGGAAGAUGCCUUCUCAUAUCAUGCUCUCCUACCAGUGGGAUGACCAGGCUCUGGUAAAAAAGAUCUUUGAUCGGCUCAGAAAGGAUGGUCUGCCGGUGUGGAUGGAUAUUGAAGGAGGGGUGACUGGGAACAUAAAUGAUGCGAUGGCUGCGGGUGUGGAGGAGGCUGUGGUCAUCUGUCCGUUCAUGACUCCGGCCUAUCAGGCGUCUCGAAGCUGUAAGAAGGAGCUGAACUACGCAGACAGCAGGGAGGUUAUCAUUGUUCCUGUCAUGCUGGCCAGCAACUGGGAGGCCAGCGAGUGGCUGGGGCUGAUCACUGCAGGCCUGCUGUGGGUGGACUUCAGGAAUUUGGAAAAAGAUGAAAGCUAUGAGAUGUGUGUCAGCUCCCUUGAGGAGGAGAUCAUGUACAACGCAGGUCACCUCCUGGCAGUAGAAGAACUGAGGUCUGAGGAGGAGGAUCUGCCGGAACCAUCAAAACCCCACCUGAAGAGGAAACCGGGCCGAGGGUUUCUCCACGAGCUCUCAAAGCUUUACAUCCAGGAUGCAGAUGAGCAGGUAGUGGACCCAACUGGUGACACCAGAAACACAGUGGAGCUUCAUGAGAAGCCUGGAGAGCGUUGUUACUGGGAGGAGAUUAAAGCCAAUGGCGCCAAGUACUACAGGAACGUUGUCACCAACAGAUACCUUGGAUUUGAGCCAACCACAAACCAGGUCUACUCUGAAGCUAGUCCAUCUGUGUCUGAGGAGUGGCUGAUGUUGGUGGAUGAGACCGACCAGAGCCACCAGAGAGCCGUCAUAAUCAAGAACAAAGACUCAGGGAAGUUCCUGGCCGUCCAGGACGGCAGCUUCAUAGGACUCACAUCGUACAACGAGGACUGCAAAUGGUUUAUAGUAUAA